AUGAUCCGAGAAGGGAUACGAGGACUGGUUGAUGUGGUGAAUGAUGGUUGGAAGGGCGUUUUGGGAUGGUGGACGAAUUGGCGUACGCCCGAGUUGGUGCAUAUCUGGUCUAUCGACUCUCGUUCUCUCCCAAACUCCACCACCGAAUCUACCAGCUCUCUUUCGACCGGGGCCGAGGCAGACAGCUUUGUCCAGUCACUUUCAACUCUUCCUGCCGAUAUCACCCCCGCUGAACUCCUCCUCGCUCCCCAUGAUCCCACCUCUCUCAACUCCCAGCCCUCUCCUCUCCUCGGUCACCACAUCAGCCCUUCCACCGAUGCUCUCCGCCUCAGCCUCAUUGGCGUCUUUGUGGUGCUCUUUUUCGCUGGGGGACUCUUUGCCUACGUGAGAAAGUUGAGGAGUUUGAAGAAGGAGAAGAAGGCGAUGAGGGUCAGGAAGGCGGCUUAUGGCAGUAUCGAUGCGUAG